UUUACUUUACUGUCAUUGAGUGCUAGAGACACGUUCGACUCCGUUUCUUGUAAUACAAAUCAGCAUGUUACAACUGGAGAAUGCAAAGGUGGAGCAAUCUGGUGGAGGUGACAAGAUCACUUUGGUGCUACUGGGAAAGAACAGCAAUGAUAAGUCUAUGAUAGGCAAUGCCAUGCUAAAGGUAAACCGUUUCAUAGAUGAAAACAUCACAUGUACAAGAGCUGAAGAAAGAGUAGAAAAUCAGAUGGUCUGUAUCAUCAACACUCCAGACCUCUUCCAUAGAUCGCACCCAGAUCGAGAUACUGACAAUAUAGAGGAGAUAAAAACUCUAUAUCCAGGGCCACGUGCUUUUCUUCUGGUACUGCAGAACAAACAGCUCUCACAGGAAGAGAUGGAGAUGUUCAGCCAGCUGAAAGUGAGAUUUGGAGAGAAAAUGGUGAAAAAUACAAUUGUAGUGCUAGUUGACAGUCAGGAGAAAAUGUCUGGAGAACUAUAUGACCAAGCAGAUGAGAAUCUCAAAAAACUAUUAGAUGAGUGUGGACAGAGAAUUUGUGUUCAUGACAAGAAAAAAGAUAAUGAGCUGACCAUACAGGUAGUGAAAGAAUGGAAGAGAAUACAUGAAAAGCAGGUUAAAGAAUCAAGCAACUCCGCACCUGCUGAGAGGAUAUAUGAGGAGAUUGAUAUAUCAUAUGUAGAAAUGAAGCAAAUAAACGAAGCGUCAUGGGUGUCUGAAAACAGCAAAGCAAAUAGCGGUCUGACAUCUGGAAGUAAGCGCAUGAUGACAGUGGUCCUGCUGGGAAAGAUAAGCAACAACAAGUGUCUUGUAGGGAACACAAUUUUUCAAAAAGAUCAUUUCCGAUCAGAGAAGGUCAGCUGUGAGAAGUUUGUAGAUAAUGUUGAUGGUAAGAAGGUCUGUAUUAUCAACACUCCAGACCUUUUUCAUAAACCAAGCUCAUCAGAUCCAGAAGCUGACAGUAUGGAGGAGCUGAAGCCAUCAUAUGCAGGUCCUCGUGUGUUCCUCCUCGUACUCCAGGACAGAAUGGUGUCACCAGAAGAGAUGGAGAUGUUUACUGAAUUAAAGAAAAAGCUCGGUCAGAAAAUGGUUGAACAAACAAUAGUGCUGGUUAAACAGGCAUCUUCAAAUUCAAUAGACGCACCACUGUCAUUCAGAAAAGACCACGAAAUAAUCCUGAAAGAGUGUGGAAACAGACGGUGUGUUUACAGCAAACACAUGAAGAAUACUGAACUAAUCAAAGAACUGAUGAAAUACACCGGAAGCAAGAACCAAACAUCAGAAACCGACAGAGUAAGAUGGACACAUGACAAAACGGUGCCACCAAACGAACCAGCUAAGAUGCAUCCACAAAAUCCUUUGACCAUCGUGCUGCUGGGACAGACAGGAUGUGGGAAGAGUGCAACAGGAAAUUCUAUCCUAAAAAAGCAACAUUUUGAAUCACAUGCCAGUUCUGUGCCAGUAACAAAGGAAUGCAAGAUGGCAGAAGAAACUGUUUGUGAAAUGAGGAUUAGGGUUAUAGACACACCAGAUUUCUUUAAUGAAGACCUUAAAAACCAGGAAGAACAGAUAAAGAAGUGCAAAGAGCUCGCUCAGCCAGGGCCUGUUGUGUAUUUGCUGGUUAUGCAGCUUGGCCGUUUCACAGAGGGCGAGAGAGGUUCCCCACAUCUGAAGAGAGAGUUUGGUGAGGAUGUGACUUUAAAGACUGUAAUUCUUUUCACGGGUAAAGAGAAGCUGAAGCAUAAGACUUUAACUGAUUACAUCAAUGGUAGCGACAAAGAACUUCAGGAACUGAUCAAAACCUGCCAUUCAAGAUGUUAUGCAUUUAACAACAACAAUGAGAAAUGCAAUCAUCAGGUGAAAAAACUUCUGGAGAUCAUUUCUGACAUGCAGAAAAACAGUGCCAUAGCAAGUCUUAGUGGUCAUAAAAAGAAGCAUAAGGAGAUCAAAGAAUGCAGUAUCUUGUAAGAUAAAGUGUGUGUAUAUGUGCACAACUAUAAUUGGGGAACUUUUCUUUUAAAA